AUGCCAGGGAAUGAUAUCGAUGUUUACUUACAACCCUUGAUUAAAGACUUGAAGGAUUUAUGGGAUGGUGGUGUGGAAACAUUCGACGCUUCACUCAAUGAAAUGUUUAAUAUGCGCGCUGCAUUGAUGUGGACAAUUGGUGAUUUUCCUGGGCUUGGUAAUUUAUCUGGGUGGAACACACACACUAGUUCAGCUUGUCCAACUUGCAAUUUUGACUCUGUUGCCCAUCGUCUAUCUCAUAGUAGAAAGUGGAGUUUUAUGGGUCAUCGCCGAUUUUUAGAGCCAAAUCACAUAUUCGGGUUUAACCGUGUUCACUUUGAUGGUAAUACAGAGUUUAGGAAUCCACCAGUGGCACUAUCAGGUUCAGAGAUAUUCAAGCAGUUGGAAAAUGUUCAUGUUACAUUUGGGAAAGGGAUGGAGGAGUACAACUUGUUGCGCCAUAACCUUGAUGUUAUGCACAUUGAGAAGAAUGUGUGUGAUAAUGUCUUGUACACCAUUCUCAAUGAAAGUGGAAAAACAAAAGAUAACCUCAAUGCUCGAAAAGACUUGAAAGAGAUGGGCAUAAGAAGUGAUCUUUGGCCAAAUGAAAAUGGACAGUAUCGACCUGCUUUAUUUACAAUGUCAAAUGCCCAAAAAGAUGUAUUCCUUACAACUUUAAAGAAUGUUUUAGUGCCUGAUGGUUACUCAAGUAACAUUGCUAGGUGUAUUGAUCUAAAGCGUCGGAAGAUAUUUGGUUUGAAAAGUCAUGAUUCACAUAUUCUUAUGGAGCAACUGCUACCAAUAUCAAUUAGAAAUGUGUUGCCUAACCAAGUGUCUGCCAUUUUAGUUGAUUUGUGCUCAAUAUUUAGGCAAAUAUGUGGCAAGGUGUUGAAUCCUCUAGACUUUGACAAGCUCCAACGUCGAGUCAUUCUCACACAAUGCCAUAUGGAAAUGCUUUUUCCGCCUGGAUACUUGGGACAUUUGAAGUCCUAUGUACGUAACAGGGCACAACCAGAAGGUUCCAUUGCUGAAAGUUACUUGGCUGAAGAAUGUUUGACCUUUUGUUCAAGAUACUUGGAGGGCAUUGAGACAAGAUUCAACCAGCUUGGACGUGUUGAUGAUCAAACGACAAACAAUGAAUCAUCUCGAGUUUCAAUGUUUUUUAUUGAAAUAGGGAGAUCAGUUGGGAGUACUUCAUAUUUCAACCUUACUCAUAUUGAGAAACAACAAGCACACAAAUAUGUGUUGAUGAAUUCAAAACUAGUCGAUCGAUUUGUGAAGUGA